AUGAAGGAUUCCCCUUGUCACGUCCCCAAUGGGAUUAUAACACGGCGCAAGGUAGGGAACGACUGUCCAAUUACCGUCGGGCUCUUGUGGCGGGUCUCAGAGGUGCCUCAAGAAGGCCCACAAAUUUGGCUAAGGGUAACCCUACAAGUGGAGGGGACUCCCAUACGUUUCUUGAUCGAUACAGGUGCAGAAUAUUCAGUACUGAAAACUCCUUUGGAUAAGGUCAAAAAUGAAAAGACGCUGGUAAUCGGGGCCAUGGGACAGAAACCCUACCCAUGGACCACCUCUCGGAAGGUAGACUUAGGGAAGAAUGUAGUAACCCACUCAUUUCUAGUCAUUCCUGAGUGCCCUAUACCCCUACUAGGAAGGGAUUUGCUGACUAAAUUAAAGGCACAAAUAACUUUCACCCCUUCCGGACCAGAAUUGUCCUAGGGAGCUGCACCUCCCCAGGCUCUAGGACUAUCCUUGCAAUUGGGAGAAUACCGGAUUUAUCAGAAAAAGACUGCCACUUCUGAGGGGCUGAAAGACUGGCUCACCCGGUUUCCCCUGGCUUGGGCUGAAGCAGGAGGGAUGGGAAUGGCAAAACAGGCCCCUCCAGUAGUGGUAGAGCUCAAGUCUGGAGCCACCCCCAUUAGGAUCCAACAGUACCCUAUGAGGAAGGAAGCUCGGGAAGGGAUACGCCCUCACAUUGACCGGCUAAUCCAAGAGGGGAUUCUGGUCCCCUGUCAAUCCGCGUGGAACACUCCCCUCCUUCCAGUAAAGAAACCGGGAACGGGUGAUUAUCGUCCUGUGCAAGACCUUAGAGAGGUUAACACAAGGAUACAGGACAUACACCCCACUGUUCCAAACCCCUAUAAUCUGCUCAGCACGCUGCCGCCUGAACGAGUCUGGUAUACGGUGUUAGAUCUUAAAGAUGCCUUCUUUUGUCUGAGAUUGCACCCUAACAGUCAGCCCCUGUUCGCCUUUGAAUGGCGGGAUCCUGAGAGUGGCAGGACGGGACAGCUCACCUGGACAAGGUUACCCCAAGGGUUCAAAAAUUUUCCCACCCUGUUUGAUGAAGCCUUGCAUCGGGACUUGGCUCCUUUUCGAGCCAGCAAUCCAUACGCGUCCCUUUUGCAAUUCAUAGAUGAUCUUCUCCUUGCGACAGAGACACUCGAGGAAUGCGAGCGUGGAACACAGAAUCUCCUGGCUGCUAGUGAGUUGGGGUACCGGGUCUCGGCUAAAAAGGCACAGCUGUGCCAGACUGAGGUGACCUAUUUGGGAUAUACCCUGAAGAAUGGACAGCGAUGGCUCACGGAAGCCAGAAAACAGACAGUGACACAGAUCCCGCCCCCAACCACCUCUGGCCAGGUAAGAGAAUUCCUGGGAACAGCAGGGUUCUGCAGACUCUGGAUCCCAGGGUUUGCCACCCUAGCGGCCCCUUUAUACCCCUUGACAAGAGAAAAGGGGGAAUUUAUUUGGACCAAGGAACACCAAUUGGCCUUUGAAACACUCAAAAAGGCGCUGCUGCAGGCCCCCGCUCUAGCACUACCUGACCUGAAGAAACCCUUUACCCUGUACAUUGAUGAGAGAAAUGGAGUGGCAAGGCGGGUCCUCACCCAGACAUUGGGACCUUGGAAGCGCCCUGUAGCCUACCUGUCAAAGAAAUUAGACCCAGUAGCCAGUGGAUGGCCCUCGUGCCUACGGGCAAUAGCAGCUACUGCCGUGUUAGUGAAAGACGCUGAUAAACCGACUAUGGGCCAGAAUGUGACUAUAGUGGCUCCUCAUGCCCUCAAGAGCAUCAUCCAGCAGCCCCCAGACCGCUGGAUGACAAAUGCCAGGAUGACCCACUACCAGAGUUUAUUGCUGACUGAGCAGGUGACCUUUGCUCCACCUGCUAUUCUCAACCCUGCCACCUUACUGCCUGAAGCUGACGAAGCCCCUGUACAUCGCUGCGGGUAUAUACUGGCUGAGGAAGCCGCCCGGUCAGACUUAACUGAUCAACCCUGGCCUGGGGCAAUGACUUGGUUUACCGAUGGAAGUAGCUUCGUGGUAGAAGGUAAGCACAGGGCUGGAGCAGCGGUAGUGGAUGGGAAGUCUGUCAUAUGGGCCAGUACCUUACCAGAAGGAACAUCAGCCCAAAAAGCAGAGCUCAUUGCCCUAACCCAGGCUUUGAGGCUGGCAGAAGGAAAAGCUGUCAAUAUCUACACUGACAGCCGAUAUGCCUUUGCAACUGCUCACAUUCAUGGGGAAAUAUACCGACAGCGCGGAUUAUUAACUUCCGCUGGAAAAGUGUUUAAAAAUAAAGAAGAAAUUCUCAGUCUGCUAGAAGCUGUUCAUUUGCCCCACAGGGUGGCAGUCAUUCACUGUCCAGUACAUCAGAAAGGGACUGGGAAAGUAGAAAAUGGAAAUCAAAUGGCAGACCAGGUGGCAAAGGAUGCAGCACAGGGACCACAAAUAUUGACAAUUAGAGCCUCAUCACUACCAGCCGAGGAGACCUUAGAAAAACAGACUCUCACAAGAGAAGAGGGGCUAGAAUAUUUGACUAACAUACACCGUCUCACCCACAAGGGGAAAAAAAUGAUAAAACUGGUCGGUAAGUCCCCUUAUCAUAUUCCGCAGCUUCAAAAGAUGAUAGAAGACCUAGUAAAGAAUUGUCAAGCUUGUGCACUCACUAACGCAGUGCCGAAUAAGACUCAUAGUGGAAAACGUUUAAGGGGGGAUAGACCAGGGACCUAUUGGGAAGUUGAUUUUACUGAGGUAAAACCAGCAAGAUAUGGAAAUAAAUACCUUCUAGUUUUUAUAGACACUUUCUCAGGGUGGGUAGAAGCAUUUCCCACCAAAAGAGAGAAGGCUAAUGUGGUGGUCAAGAAGAUACUUGAAGAAAUCUUUCCCCGUUUUGGAAUACCUAAGGUAAUUGGGUCAGACAAUGGGCCUGCCUUCAUCGCCCAGGUAAGUCAGGGACUGGCCAAACAGCUGGGGAUAAAUUGGAAGUUGCAUUGUGCCUAUAGACCCCAGAGUUCAGGACAGGUAGAAAGGAUGAAUAGAACUCUAAAGGAGACCUUAACUAAAUUGGCCUUAGAAACCGACGGAAACAACUGGGCAGUCCUUCUUCCCUACGCCCUAUUUCGGGUUCGAAAUACUCCUGGAGCUUCAGGGUUAACACCCUUUGAACUAAUAUUUGGCGCGCCUCCCCCCCCCCCUCCGCCCAUUCACUUAACCACUGAAAGUGGAGCUUGCCCUGAUGCGUUCCCCCUCCCCCUUGAGAUCGUAAGAAAGGAAAUCUGGGAACAACUGAAAGAAACCUAUGCUGACUUGCAGGUGCUGCACCAAUUCGAAGUGGGAGAUACGGUCCUGGUGAGGAGACACCGAGCAGGGAACUUUGAAUCUCGGUGGAAAGGACCCUACCUAGUACUGCUGACCACACCGACCGCUGUAAAGGUAGAAGGAAUCCCCACCUGGGUCCACGCCUCACAUUUAAAAAAGGCUCCCCCAGGAACUGAUCAAGAUGAAUGGACUCUGGAAAAGACUAGUAAUCCUCUUAAGUUGUGUCUGCAUCACCAGAGCAGCACUGAGCGGAGACUUCAACCCUCACACACCCGCGAUUCGGCAAACUUGGGAGGUAUUCAAUGA